AUGCCGUUCCACCCGGUGACCGCGGCGUUGAUGUACCGGGGCAUCUACACCGUCCCUAACCUGCUGUCGGAGCAGCGCCCGGUGGACAUUCCGGAGGACGAGCUGGAGGAGAUCCGCGAGGCCUUCAAGGUGUUUGACCGCGACGGCAAUGGCUUCAUCUCUAAGCAGGAGCUGGGCACGGCCAUGCGCUCCCUGGGCUACAUGCCCAACGAGGUGGAGCUGGAGGUCAUUAUCCAGCGACUGGACAUGGAUGGUGAUGGCCAAGUGGACUUUGAGGAGUUUGUGACCCUCCUGGGACCCAAGCUCUCCACCUCAGGGAUCCCAGAGAAGUUCCAUGGCACUGACUUUGACACUGUCUUCUGGAAGUGCGACAUGCAGAAGCUGACUGUGGAUGAGCUGAAGAGGCUGCUCUACGACACCUUCUGUGAGCACCUGUCCAUGAAGGACAUCGAGAACAUCAUCAUGACCGAGGAAGAGAGCCACCUAGGCACGGCCGAGGAGUGUCCCGUGGACGUGGAGACCUGCUCCAACCAGCAGAUCCGCCAGACGUGUGUGCGCAAGAGUCUGAUCUGCGCCUUCGCCAUCGCCUUCAUCAUCAGCGUCAUGCUCAUUGCGGCCAACCAGGUGCUGCGCAGCGGCAUGAAGUAGGCGCAUGCGGUGCCCGGGCCGCUCCACACCACGCCACCCGCGGCCCUCUCCUUCGUCUGGCUCCUUGGGCCACCACCUGCGAGUACUCUGGGGCCUGGACGUCAGGCGACCCCACCCCACCCACCCCACGUGCCUUGCAUGGAGCCAUGGCCUGGCUGUGGAGGGCCGGGUGGCAGCUCUGUAGACAGCCCCAAGUCCUGCCUACACCUUGCCUGUGCCCCCAUCUGGCCUGUAUGUAGUGCUCUUUCUGCAGUCCAGGGGCUCCUGGGAAAUGAAGGAGGGGUUUGUACAGGAACUCCCAAGACCCAGUUACUGUACCUGCCUGCCCAGGGUCACACAGCCAAACCCAGCCCUGACCCCUGAGGUUUGUCCAGGGCUGCAGGCAGGGCGGAGGAGGUAGAGGCAGAAGUUUCCUCCUGGAGAAGGGUGUGGGGCUGGAGUCUUCUAGACCCUGCUCCUGAGCAUGAUCUGAGGGCUCUGGUCUCCUGGGUCCUUCCUCUGACCCUCCUUAGACCCAAACCCAACCCUCCUUCAUGUACCCACUGGGGCCAGAGUCAGCCUAUUUCAUAGGUGAAGAAACUGAGGCUCAGAGGGCCUGAGCUCUGGCCUCGGUUCCCUGUCAACAGGGAUUUUCAGGAAGGGCAGAAGCUCAUGGAGGAGCUCACUUGAGGCAGCCCCGUGGCCCCCUUUAUCUUCUGGGCUCUCCACUUGAGGCCUAGGGACUAGAGGCCACAUUAUCUGCCACCCCAGCGCAGAACCAAGGACUGUAGAGCACCCAGGGAAGGCAGCAGAGCUGGUGCCUGAGGCCUCAAACAGCCUGGGUGGCUUGUGUGAUCUCCUCAUCACUGGCCAGGGGACCUCUUGGGACAGACCUCGGGAGGAUCCCCAUGCCCAGCUCAGCCAAGGCACUCUCCCAGGCCCAGGGCCUGCCCUCCUGGGUCUCCCCUCCCACAUACCCUCCAGGCCAGAGACAGCUCCUUCUCCUCUCUAGUGGCACCCUCUCAAAUGCUUGGGUGCCAGCUCAGUGUAGGCCCAUGUGGGGCUGCAGUGUGCUAGGGCUCGGGUCUGCCGGGGCUGGGACACAGGUGGAGUCUUUGGGUUUCUCCCCUCAGACCUGGAGCCGCUUCUCAUGGGGGCCACGGCACAACGACGCAGGCACACCCUCUAUCCACGCUGAGCCCCACUGGCCCCCAAGGGAGAAGGGCAGCAAGCACGGACCACCUGGAGAGGAUCUC